GACUGCUGUCAUGAACUGUAAGUGUUCGUACCCCUUCCAAAACUCAGAACAAACCCUUCCUGCAGUGCCAGGCGCGGCUCUUUGCGGGGACAUGAUGCUGGAGCCAACUGUUUGCCUCUCGAGUUCCUUCUGCUGGUCUCCGGAGCAGCUGCCCCUCUGCAGUUGUCUCGCGUUCCUGGGGUUCCUCUCCCUGACAUGGGGAGAGAAGGAGCGUGAUUUCCCACGGCUUCCAGUCUCUCCCAAGUAUCGUAUUCCAGAAUCCCGCACGCAGCAGCGUUUUCCAAAGCAAUAAAAGAAGUUGCACAGUUGCUUAUAAAACAGCUGAGGCAUUGCUGGAGGUUUCAGCCCAGAGCAGGGAUGUGAUAUGCCACUGUGAGCUGCCAUGUCAUUUAAUUAAUAAUAUUAAUUUUUUUCUGCUUUUGGAGUCCUCAAUGCUUCUCGCUUCAGCUUUCACUGGGUCAGCUGAAAGGGGCUGUAGCAAUGAGCAGAGUUGUUUUACGUGGAGAAGCAGGACAUGAGCUGGGCAGUAAGUUUUGGAUGCUGAUUUGGAAGCGUGCUGCUCAUCAGGUAUUUAGCCUUGGCUGAGAUGAUGACCCCAGCCUGGGAUAAAACCUUUCACUACUUUUGCUCUUCAGUCUAAGGGAAGCUUUCCAACAUGCACCGUGUAUAAAACACCAGGUUUUGUUACCUGGGUGCUCUCCUGCCAGCGAUGAGCAUCAGCUCAUCCCCGAGCGGGUCGGGCAUCGCCCGUGGAUGCCCCUGGUGCAACUGAGCUGCAAAAAUGCGGCACUGGAGCCUGGAACCGACUGACGGCUGCAAGAGCAGGCACCGAGCUGGGGAAAAAAGCAGCAUUUUCCUCCCUGUUUUGAAUUUCUCCACUCUGCCUGACUUUUUGUUCUUUGUGGAGAAGCAGCAGAGCCACCAGAAGCGCAGGGGCUGAAGGGACGGGAAGAGGAGGAGGAGGAGAAGAGCAUCGGAGGAAGGCAGGGGCCCCUCGGCCAUCGUGACAGGGACAGCCAGCCCGGAGGGAGCCUCGUUGGUGAGUGGAACCCGACCGCGGGAACCUGCCGUGGGCUGUGCGAGAGACUCCCGCCGGUGUCACGGGACCCAGGUGGAUAUGUCCUACGUGAGCUGCGCCUUGCGGGCGGCCGCCCCCCGCUGCCUGGCACCCCCAUGGAGAAACCCCCGGCCCCUGAGCAGCACAACGGGCCCCACUGCGAGGAAGAGCGUCCCGUACCAGAAGACGCUGAAGGAGGAAGGCUCGGGGAGCGGGGAGCCCAGCCGGCCCCCGCCGCCCUCGGCAGAGGUGGUGGUGAUCGGGGGGGGCAGCCUGGGCUGCCAGACCACCUACCACCUGGCCAAGCAGGGGGUGAGCAGCGUGGUGCUGCUGGAGAGGGACCGCCUGACCUCGGGGACCACAUGGCACACGGCCGGUCUGCUGUGGCAGCUGCGUCCCAGCGAUGUGGAGGUGGAGCUGCUGGCGCACACAAGGGAUGUGGUGAGCCGGGAGCUGCCGGCAGAGACCGGGCUGCACACAGGCUGGGUGGAAAAUGGGGGGCUCUUCAUCGCCUCCAACAAGCAGCGCCUGGAUGAGUACAAGAGGCUGAUGUCGCUGGGGAAGGUGUACGGUGUGGAGUCCUAUGUCCUGACCCCAGCGCAGACCAAGGACCUGUACCCGCUGAUGAACAUCAACGACCUGUACGGCACGUUGUACGUCCCCAAGGACGGCACCAUGGAUCCAGCUGGUACCUGCUCAACUCUUGCCAGAGCAGCAACCGCCAGAGGCGCUACGAUCAUUGAGAACUGCCCAGUCACCGGCAUCCAGGUCAGAGCUGAUGAUUUUGGGGUGAAGAGGGUAUAUGCAGUGGAGACAGCCCAUGGGACCAUCCAGACGCCCUGCGUGGUGAACUGUGCAGGUGUGUGGGCGCGAGCGCUGGGCCGGCUGGCCGGGGUGCAGGUGCCGCUGGUAGCGAUGCAUCAUGCCUACGUGGUGACCGAGCGCAUCGAGGGCAUCCAGAACAUGCCAAACGUUCGUGAUCACGACGCUUCAGUGUAUCUCCGUCUCCAAGGCGAUGCCCUUUCUGUGGGUGGAUAUGAGUCAAAUCCCAUCUUCUGGGAGGAGGUAUCGGAAAAAUUUGCUUUUGGCCUCUUUGAUUUGGACUGGGAUGUAUUCACACAACACAUUGAAGGUGCCAUCAACAGGGUGCCAGUGCUGGAGAAAACAGGCAUUAAAUCCACGGUCUGCGGGCCAGAGUCCUUCACAGCCGACCACAAACCGCUCAUGGGGGAAGCCCCAGAGGUCCGAGGCUUCUUCUUGGGCUGUGGCUUCAACAGUGCUGGGAUGAUGCUGGGAGGCGGCUGUGGGAGGGAGCUGGCUCACUGGGUCAUCCAUGGGCGGCCGGAGAAGGACAUGUAUGGCUACGACAUCAGAAGGUUUCACCGCUCCCUCACCGACAACAACCGCUGGAUCCGGGAGCGGAGCCACGAGUCCUACGCCAAGAACUACUCGGUCGUCUUCCCGCACGACGAGCCGCUGGCAGGGCGCAACGCCAGGAAGGACCCGCUGCAUGAGGAGCUGCUGCGCCAGGGCUGUGUUUUCCAGGAGAGACAUGGCUGGGAGAGGCCAGGCUGGUUCAGCCCCGGGGGGGCAGCUCCGGUCCUGGAUUAUGACUACUAUGGUGCAUAUGGCCGGGAGCGCCACGGGGACUAUACUUACAACCGGCUGCUGGGGGACGAGUACACCUUCGAUUUCCCCCCUCACCAUGACAUUAUCAAGAAGGAAUGUUUAACGUGCAGAAAUGCGCUGGCGCUCUUCGACAUGUCGUAUUUUGGGAAAUUCUACCUGGUUGGUCCUGAAGCAACCAAAGCGGUGAACUGGCUGUUCACAGCCGACGUGAGCAAAGCACCAGGCUCGACCGUGUACACCUGCAUGCUGAACCAGCGGGGUGGCGUGGAGAGCGACCUGACCGUCAGCCGGAUCAGCCCUGGGGACCCAGCCUCCCCCCUAGCCCCCACCUUUGAAGGGGAUGGCUACUACCUGGCUAUCGGUGGGGCUGUGGCUCAGCACAACUGGUCGCACAUCACGUCUGUGCUGCAGGACAUGAAGCUCCAGUGCAAACUCCUCGACUGCUCGGAGGAGCUGGGCAUGAUGAGCAUCCAGGGCCCCCUGAGCCGCGUUGUCCUCCAAGAAGUGCUCGACACCGACCUCAGCAAUGAAGCCUUCCCCUUUUCCACCCACAAACUUACCACGGCUGCGGGAUGCACGGUCCGUGCCAUGAGGUUGUCGUUUGUCGGCGAGAUGGGCUGGGAGCUGCACGUGCCUCGGGAGGACUGCGUGAAGGUUUACCGGGCGGUGAUGCAGGCGGGUGCCCGGCAUGGCAUAACCAACGCCGGCUACAGAGCCAUUGACAGCCUCAGCAUUGAGAAAGGGUACAGGCACUGGCACGCAGACCUGCGUCCCGAUGACACCCCGCUAGAAGCAGGCUUAGCUUUCACCUGCAAGCUCAAGUCCAGCAUCCCCUUCCUAGGCCGGGAGGCUGUGGAGGCUCAGAAAGCCAAAGGCAUCUUCCGCCGCCUCGUCUGCUUCACCACCGAGGACAAGGUGCCGAUGUUCGGCCUGGAGGCGAUCUGGCGGGACGGCGAGGUGGUCGGCCACAUCCGUCGGGCAGACUUCGGAUUUGCCAUUGACAAAACCAUCGCCUACGGCUACAUCCGUGACCCCGCAGGGGGCCCGGUCUCACUGGAUUUCGUGAAAAGCGGCAGCUACCAGCUGGAGCGGAUGGGGGUGACGUACCCUGCCCAGGCACACACCAGGUCCCCAUUCGACGCGGACAACAAGCGAGUGAAGGGGUUUUACUGAUCGCAUGGCAGCGGGUGCUGUGGGUGCCGGGAUGGGGAGAGGGAAGAUGCCGUCAGGAGCUGCCGCUGAAUUCCCAGCCCUCGGGUGCCCCAGCUGGCUCCAGGGUUUGCUGAGAGAGCCAGGCAAACAUCUGCAAUGAACUCAUCAAGCAAAUUUGGGUCGAAUUAGAAGGGAAGAGGAGGAAGAGAUUCCAAAAAGUGCAAAGAUUUUGUUCCUGUGUUUUCUAAAUGAAGCAGUACCACCACAGCAAUAAUUCUUUUCCAUGGGUUAAUUGGCCUGAAAACAGUGUUUUGCUUGACUGCAAAUGAAGUGGUUUCAAUUUCUGACUUUGCUGGAAACUCUUUCCCCCAAAAUGUAGUUUCACGCUGCCUGGAAAUGAAUUUUUUUUAAACUAAGUCUGCUGUUAACACAGCUGUAUCCUCCAAACCUGUCGUCACUCUGGUCCCUUGCUGUGUCUCUCCCUGAUCUGACGGGUGUCAUGUUGUCCCGUCUGUGCCCUGGGGACCCAGUGCUGGGGUGGGAGCACUUGGGGGGCACAGAGGGUGCAGGGCUCACGUCGUGGAUGCUGUGCCUGCUGCAGGGUUCUUCUGCACCCUGACAUCAUUUGCUUUACCCCAGAGGUUUCCAGGCAUGUUCCUCCCACCUCUCCAAGCACAGGUUCGUCCCUCCGUCCUGUUUUGUCCCGCUCACAGCUAGAGCUUCAGGUCUGGCUUUGGCAAAAUCCUUUCUUAUGGCUCCAAAGGUGCCCUUUGAAAAUUCAAGCCUGGGGUGCAAGAUGUUCAGUUGCUGCUUCGAUUUUGUUGGUGGUGCUCACGUGCUGCCUCAGUGUGUGACGGAUGUGUGGAAGGUGGGGAGGGUUGAUCCUCCCCAUACCUGAACGAUGAGCAUGUCUGUUCGUGGGAGGGUGAGAGCCAAGGCAAGUCCCAGUUUUUGGGAGCAUGUCAUUGCCCAGGGAGCUCUGCCAGCCUGCGCUGGCCCUGAGUUUGAAACAAGGAAAACACUGUGAUGCUGUACGGCCCCUCGAUGCUUAACUGAGGAGACAUUCUUGUGUUUGUGCCUCAGCGAAUAAAAGAAACUCCUGGAGGCAAA